CUGCCUAAGAGAGGGCGGAUCCAGGCCAGAAAUGAGUGACCGAGUGGAUCGACUUGAUGCAUUGCCUUCAGGAAAGUGGAAGGGCUACUUCUUAGAUGAUCGACUUGAAAUUUUUGGUAGGGAGGGAAAUCCUAGGACUGACGUUACCAUGGACAUGGAGUUUUCUGGUGAUGGUAGCACAUUCACAGCAAGUGGGAAUGAUGAAGUUGGAGACUUCCAGUUUGAAAGUGGUCGCGUCAUUGGUGACAAAUGUUCUUUUGUCAAACGCUAUUCAACUCAUACAAUAGCUUAUGCUGGUGUUGUUACUGGAUUCCAUAUCAAUGGCUGGUGGGCAUUUGGUCAGCCACUAAGAGGACAGCUGAAUGAUGAAGAAAUUACAAAAUUUAGAAGUCGUGCUAUGGGAACAUUUGUUAUGUGGCCAGAACAACUCGAAGAGAAUGAUUUGCUUGGCUAGCAUGAGAUACCUCUUGUCUAUCACUGUCAUAUUGUACAAACGGAAAGCUUACUGUUACAUGUUUCUUGUAUUGUAUCAAAAAUACAGAGACUCUUCUCAAAUUAUUUCACUUGUUCUGGUUUAUGGUAACAAUCAACUGUACCUGUAACUUGUGCCCUGCAUGAUUGAUAAACACUUAGUUUCCCCACCGCGAUCAUCUUACUAUUAUUAAUUUGGUUGUAAGCAUUCUGAAUUGGU